ACCCUAACCACACCCAGAUAAACGCGGGGCCCCACGGGUGGGGCAUACCCGCGUCACCCCUAAAGAACCUAGAAGAGGGACCCAGAGCAGCCCGCGUACCUCGGCCAGCGUUGGAAAGACCAGCUGUCAGGAGAGCUGACCUGGAACUCCCCAGCAGGAGACCUCAAGGAGACUUUGUCCCUUGUGAGCGGGACGGGAGAGACGCCAGCUGGCAGAGGGUGACACAUGGUGUCUCUCGGCCUGGCUCACACAUACUUCCUGGGAGCUACAGACAGGGCUUCAGCGACCUGUCUGCUUUGACGACCGCGCAUCAGCGCCUUGGUUAGGUGGGCGCCCCUUGGACCUCCUGUGCCUGCAGGAGCCAGUGUUUCAGACCCUUUGGUCGCUGCAGCGUGAGCCUCUUGAACUCAGUCUAGAAGCACAGCCAUACUCUUGGGUGGACUUUCCAACACCACUGCCCAGGUGGAGCGCCAUGGAAGGCGACUGUCUGAGCUGCAUGAAGUAUCUGAUGUUCGUCUUCAACUUCUUCAUAUUCCUGGGAGGGACCUGCCUGCUAGGUAUCGGCAUCUGGGUCAUGGUGGACCCCACUGGCUUCCGGGAAAUCAUAGCAGCCAACCCUCUGCUGGUCACGGGCGUCUACAUCCUCCUGGCCAUGGGGGGCCUGCUUUUCCUGCUCGGCUUCCUGGGCUGCUGCGGGGCUGUCCGUGAGAACAAGUGUCUGCUGUUAUUUUUCUUCCUGUUCAUCCUGAUCAUCUUCCUGGCGGAGCUCUCUGCAGCCAUCCUGGCCUUCAUCUUCAGGGAAAACCUCACCCGCGAGUUCUUCACCAAGGAGCUCACCAAGCACUACCAGGGCAGUAACGACACAGAUGUCUUCUCUGCCACCUGGAACUCUGUCAUGAUCACAUUUGGCUGCUGCGGGGUCAAUGGGCCCGAAGACUUCAAGUUGGCGUCAGUGUUUCACCUGCUGACUCUGGACAGUGAGGUGGUGCCCGAGGCCUGCUGCCGAAGGGAGCCGCAGGCCCGGGAUGGCGUGCUGCUCAGCCCUGAGAGAUGCCUGCUGGGUGACAGCGUGUUCAUCAACAAGCAGGGCUGCUACACGGUGAUCCUUAAUGCCUUCGAAACCUACGUCUACCUGGCAGGAGCACUGGCCAUAGGGGUGCUGGCCAUCGAGCUUUUUGUCAUGAUCUUUGCCAUGUGCCUCUUCCGGGGCAUCCAGUAGAAGGUGUGGCCCAAGGAUGCCCCACGUACCACUGCCCAGCACCCGUGGCCCUGUCCUCCCUGACCCCAACCCCUGGCCAGGGGGAGGAGAGGAGGCCAAAGCAGGUGGCCAGGAAAAGGACCGGGCACAGAGCUAUUUUUUUUUUAAACAAAAUGAAAUAGAAACAUGGACGUGGCCUCACUUGGACUCCAGGGCAGUCACGGGUUCAUGACAGGUCCCCAGAACUGACCCACGAAGCCAUCUGCCCGCAGGAACCAAAUGAACACUAUGCCAGGGUCCUGUGGCUAGGGAGGCAAGGAUUUGGGCAACAAGUUCCGCGGCUGCCAAAACCCGAGAGAGACUUGUUAGCCGUGACUUUGAGGGCCCAGGACCCACAGUGCCACGCCUAGAGGAUGACGCAGAUGCCAUACUUCCGGCCAGGCCGAGGGAGCUGCGUGCAGACCCCAGAUCCAGAGCAGCUCCGCUGGCCGAGUCCUUCCUUUCCCGUCUGUUGAACCAAGCGUAGCCCACAGAGGUGCAGACCAUCCUCAGCCACAGUCUGGGCCCGACAGCUGUGAACAGAGCCUGGGCUAGCUCCAGGCUGCUGUCACUCCACCCAGGACUUCUGCCGUCACACACCCCUGUGACCUCCGUGUCUUGGGUCCCGAGAAGAGAGGCCAGCUGGCCAGAAACCAGCUCCACCCAGCUCUCCAGCAAAGGGAAGUCUGUACUGUGUCCCCAUUGCCCACCCUCCCACCUCCUGCGUCUCAGCUCCCCACGCGCAUCACAUCCCCCAUCCGCACCACCCCAUGGCCACCCUCUCCCCGUCUCCCCAACUCCCUCUCAGGGUGGAGGAAGCCCCCGGGAUGAUCCGGUUCUCCUCCUUACCCAGAACUGAGGCUUCGAUGUGUCCUACAAGACUCCUGCCAAAACUCCUCUGGCUCCUAGCAUACCUCCUGAGACAGAGAGCUCACUACCUCCUGAGGCAACCUUCCGCCUCUGGACUGCUCUGAUGUCGGCAUCACCAGACAGCAGGGCCUCCUGCUGUGGCUCUGUGCACACACCUCCACUUGGUGUCUCGCUCCUGGCCUCCUUGUAUGCGGACUGAGGGACCCUAGGGCCUCUCAGCCACUUCUGCUAUGACAUGGUUUCUGGCCCUUUUGCCAUCCACAGGAUAUUACAGGGUUGCCUCCAGGCUCGGGCAGAAACUGUUCCAUAAACUCACAGGUUCCCAUCCACAUAACACCCCCAAGUAUCCAAGCAUCAUGCUCUAGACCAGUGUUGCAAGAUGCCUGCAUGCUAACAAAUCAGGUGGCUUCCUGAGUUGUGCUGAUGCUGUGUUUUAGUCUGUGCCUGGUGGGAAAGGGCAGUGGAAUCCCCAAUAGAGAUGUCCGAUGGGCACCUUGAAUUUGAUUAGUGAUGCCUGGCAGGUACCUUGAGUUUGAUUAGUUAUGUCUGCUUCUGGCAUGGCAUGGGAAGAACAUCAUGGCACCUGCUUGUCCUCUCUGUCACUCACUCUGUCUCUCCUUAUCCCACUGUCCAGCCUCCUGUCAGGCUUUCCACCUGGAGGACAGCUCAGCAGCCAGCUGUGUCCAUGCCGAUUUGCUGUCCCCACUUGAUCUCUCAUCUGAGUUCCAUCUGCCCAAGCUAUGCCUUGAACAGCCCACCCUGGCAAUCACCACAAACAACGCCAGGCGCUCCCUAGAGGUUGAAGUCCUCGGAGCCAGGGGCCUGGCUGUGGGCCUGGCUUUCCCUGGACACUUAGCCCCAACUUCCCAGAAAGGCACACAAAGGGCUGCUCUGAGGUCAAACCUGAACUCCAUCCAUCCUGCCCCAGGC